ACAGACACAAACUAGGGCCACUCGCCGACACAACGGAGAGCACUUUUUUUUUUUUUGGUGAUAGAGGGGACCCCGUGUGGCUCCGAGCAUCUGCUUCCGUCCCUCUGUUGGGUUUAAUGUGUCAGGCCGGCGUUGGUUCGCCGUCACCCCCCUUGAUAUUAUUUAUAACCGACAAGAAAAAUUGGAUGGGACGCGCACACGGGCAAGACAAUCCCGGAAAUAACAUGCGUACUCUCAGCCUGUCACGUACGCUCACUGAGGAUUUGCAUUGCUGUAGGCUGCCGUAGAUAUCCUACACUGCCUCAAAAUGUUUAUAAUACGGAUACAAAUAAAUACACAGAUCGAGAGUAUUAAAUGAGAGUAAUUGGGGAAAUAAGAGCCACUAGAAGAGGACUUGGACAUGAAACUUAUUCUCUCUGUGUGGCAGAGCUCCUCUCCAUCGGAGAAAAGCAGCGGCUGAGCUAGAAAAUGAAGAGAGGACGUGAGCUACGUGCGCAUCCAGCAGAUGACGAGAUGAAAUGGAGAGCUUGGGACACACGGACCUUUUAAACCCAAGCUAUUCCCGCGGAUCCGUCGCAGUUUCAGCCUCGCAGGAGGGAAGGACGAGCGGCCAGCAGUUCGCCUGUGGACCGGCAGAGAUUCACCACACGUACCGAGCGGACAUGGGGCUGAACAGCUUCUGCGCGGCGCCGGUCGGGAGUCCAACGGCCGCGGAGUUACUCGCGGGUCUGGCCUCUCAGACCGACUCCCCUGGAAUCACAACCCCGACGAAGCAGUCCAAAACCGGCGUGCCGCUCUACAACGGCGGGGUGGUGUCUCCGUUUGCCACCGUGGAGGGGAGCCACGCAGGCGUUUUGGCUCACACACCAAACGGUUACCCGGCACAAAUGAAAGGGGCUGCGGGGGUAACUGCCGGCCCCAUGUACCCCAUCACCAGCAGAGCCUGUCUGUUGGAGAAUGGGGAAAGGACAGCUCAUGAGAAGUGCCCUUUAUUGAUGAGGAGGAUCAAUGGUGACCUGAAAGGCAGGCAGAUGCAACAACAGAAACGGAGGGGUGGGGAGAACCGGGACACGGGGUCAGAAACUCUUAAUGGUCCCAUGGUAGGGUCACCGGGGUCAGGUUGUUCUGUGGAAGCUGCUUUUACGGCAGGAGACUCGGACUUGAAGAGGAGAAGGUUAACAGAGGGAACUGUUGGCCACAAAUCUUCAGAGGCUUCCAGAGUGGCCCGAGCAGUCGCCCCCCACAUGGUCACUGUCAACUGCAGCAACAGUUCCCAUGGCAACCAAAUGACUAUCAAUAAUGUGCACUGUGUCACUCCCCAAUCUCCCUUCACCCCUCCUGCCCCUCACACUAACCAGCACAACGGACAUAAGGUGGCCUCCUCAGGCCUGCCAGCUGCACCCAUCCAGAUCUCCCCAGUGGAGGCUAACGGCAUCCCCACCCCACCAGCACCUGCAGGGGCUGGCUGGUCAGCAGAGCGCAUAGCACAGCAGUACAUCGUCCCCUGCAUGAAAUACUAUGGCAUCUGUGUGAAGGACAACUUCCUGGGCCCUCAGCUGGGCGACAGGGUCCUGGAGGAGGUGGAGGUCCUAAACCGCAGUGGGAAGUUUCGGGGCGGGCAGCUGGUGAGCCAGAAGAGCAUUCCCUCUCGCAGCAUCCGGGGUGACCAGAUCGCCUGGGUGGAAGGACGCGAACCCGGGUGCCAGAGCAUCGGGGCGCUGAUGGCUCACAUUGAUGAGGCCGUCAUGUACAGCGCUGCCAAUGGACAGCUGGGGGACUGUGUCAUCAAUGGACGCACUAAGGCCAUGGUUGCCUGUUACCCAGGUAACGGGGCAGGAUAUGUCCGCCAUGUUGACAACCCUAAUGGAGAUGGACGCUGCAUCACAUGUAUCUACUAUCUUAACAAGAACUGGGAUGUGAAGAAACAAGGAGGGUUGUUGCAGAUCUACCCUGAAGGCAAAAAUGUGGUAGCCAACAUCGAACCUCUGUUUGACCGGCUGCUCAUCUUCUGGUCUGAUCGCAGGAACCCACAUGAAGUCAAGCCGGCCUACGCCACUCGCUAUGCCAUCACAGUCUGGUACUUUGAUGCCAAAGAGAGAGCAGAGGCUAAAGAGAAAUACAGACUGGCAACAGGACAGAAAGGUGUUCAAGUGCCUGUCACUCAAAACAGCAAGACAUAAAUCUCAUCUAAUCACUGGAGAGCACUCUGAAAUAUUAUGUGCCUUCCUGAACUGCUAAUGGACAUCGCGAUCAUAAAGGGAGACACUGUUAGACACUGUCAGUCGCCUCUGCAGCUCCACGCCACCCUUGCAUUGUCAGCUGUCAGAUCCACGUCACAGGCUGUGAUGUCAUGUUUUCCUGCCAUGUGAUUGGGCAGCUGAUCAGAGAUGCGGCAGAUAUAGAGCACAAUGGCAUGGAUAGUAUGGCAAAGGUGGCAGAAGAAGAAGUAAAUAACUUCGACAGUGUCACCGAAUCAUCUAUGAAGACAACUAACUGAAAAAAACAGGCUCCAUAAUUUUAUUUUGUUGCAGUUUUGCCUGUUCAGUUAUCAGUGAAGUUGUGAUGUAUUGAGUAAUCAUAGUUUUACUCUGCUCUGGUGUCAUUUUCAAUACAAACACAAGGGACAUAAACGAUGAAUCCGUGGAAAGACAGUGGGAAAGAAAAGGCGCAAGGAGUAGAAAUCAGUGGUGUUGUGUCUGAAAAUCCUUAUUUCCCCUAGACUGUGAUGUGGUCCCCUUGUCUCAUGAUGUGGGCAAGUGUGUAUGUGCGGGUAAUGUAAAGACAGAGGCACGGGACAGAAAUGGCCCACAAGGCAUCAAGUGAUUCUCAGCCGUCAUACAGUGGAAAGUUGCCCUGUGGCACUCGUUCAGUCAGUCCUGGCUCAAGCACUAACCCUGAGCAUUACAGGGAUAUUGACAAUUUAGUGCAUGAGGACAACUCUACACUGUAGUUUUACUCUGUAUAGCACACUAAGUAUAGUUCAAGUAUUAUUCCAGGACUUUAUUACAACAUCUGUCUAAGAAUAAAAAGAAAAAAUCUUUUGCAACAGCCUCGAAAUGUGCCACAAAAAACCCAGAGAAUCCAGCAUGAAUGUUUCGUUUUUUAGUAGUUGCAAUGUGUGUAACAGAUUUUCAAGACUGAACCUAGACUACACAAAGCUUUUCUACAUACUUGAUGUGUAGCGCUCUCUGUUUGACUGAAACACGCGGCUCACAAUUGAGACAAGAGGCAAGCUGUCCAGAGACAGGGGUCAAAACAGGGUUUGAUGAGUGUGUUUUGUGUGUUGGCAUGUGUGUGUUUGUGUGUGUAUGCUCAUAUCCCUGUAUGCAGAUUCGGCUUGACUUUUUCCUGCUCUUAUCAUGAUGGAAACAGUAUGUAUCGCUAGUGUGGGCACUGUGGGACAAACCUGCCCAAAACGACACAUGCAAACACGGAAAAGAUGGAUUACAACGGAUAAUAAAAAAAAUUAAAAAAGGCAUAAAAAUUAAAAAGUUAUACUUAACAGUACUUAGCGAAAUGAUAACCUCAAUCAACCUGUACACUUAAGACCAUUUACAGUAUAAAGCACAGAGUUAAGCAUACACUGUAUGUGAACUGCAGGGUGAAACUACUGCCUGCUCAUGUGUGGGAUUGAGUACUUGUGUGUAAAUGUGUACUUGCACAUGUAUGUGACAAACACUGUCUUGAAGAGGGUUGCAGGUAUUGUCUCUGUGUAUUUUAGAUUGGUUGAAGAGAAGGUUAUUUUAUAAAGCACUUUAUUGUUUGUAUUGCCAUGCGUGAAUGAUAGAAAAAAAUAUAACUAAAAUGUAGAUUAAUGCCUUUAUGCUGUGGAUAAUAUGGUCAUUCAAAUGCAAUAGAAACUAAAACAAUGAGAACAAA